AUGAGGACAUACUCCUUUCUUACCCAAAUAUUCUUUUCACUUUCUUUCAUUAUUUCUUUUGCUCGUGCUCUCAAUAAUGGUAUCAGUGUUGAACUUAUCCAUCGUGACUCUUUAAAAUCACCAUUCCACCAACCUACACAAAAUAAAUACCAACAUGUUGUGAAUGCCUUGCGUCGUUCCAUCAAUCGAGUCAAUCAUUUCUAUAAAGACUCUCUCACUAAUACACCUAAAUCAACGGUAAUCUCAGAUAGUAGUGAGUAUCUAAUGAGUUACUCCGUUGGUACUCCACCAUUUCAUGUACUAGGUAUUGUUGAUACAGGUAGUGACAUUGUUUGGCUUCAAUGUGAGCCUUGUGAAGAAUGUUAUAACCAAACCACUCCAAUAUUCAAUCCUUCAAAAUCAUCAAGUUACAAAAACAUUCCUUGUACUUCUAGAUUAUGCAACUCUUGUAGCAAACAAAAUUCUUGUGAAUACACUAUUAAAUAUGGUGAUCAAUCGCAUUCAAAAGGAGAUCUUAGUCUUGAGACCCUUACAUUAGAUUCUAACACUGGUAAUUUAGUUUCAUUCCCUAACACAACCAUAGGAUGUGGACACAGUAAUACAGGGAUGUUUCCAGGUGCAAGUUCUGGGAUAGUUGGUCUUGGAAAUGGAGCGUUGUCUCUUAUGAAGCAAUUAGAAACAACGAUUGGAGAAAAAUUCUCUUAUUGUUUAGUUCCAUAUACUCCUAAAUCAAACACAUCGAGCAUACUCAAUUUUGGAGAUGCUGCAGUGGUUUCUGGUGAUGGAGUUGUGUCAACUCCUAUAGUGAUAAAGAAUCCACCAACAUUUUACUUUUUGACAUUAGAAGCAUUCAGUGUCGGAAACCAAAGAAUAGAAUUUAGAGGGUCUUCAAGUGGUGGUGACGAGGGUAACAUUAUAAUUGAUUCAGGUACAACAUUGACACUUUUACCAAGUGAUAUUUAUACUAAUUUGGAAUCAGCUGUGGCAGAAUUGGUGAAACUAAAGCGUGUUGAUGAUCCUGGUCAAUUUCUCAACCUUUGUUAUAGUCUCACAUCAGAUGAGUAUGAUUUUCCUAUAAUCACCGCACAUUUUCAAGGUGCGGAUGUCAAGUUGGAAUCUAUUAGUUCAUUUGUUUCUGUUGCUGAUGACAUUGUUUGUUUGGCUUUUCAAUCAUCUAAAAUUGGUACAAUCUUUGGAAAUUUGGCUCAACAAAAUUUGUUGGUUGGUUAUGAUCUUCAAAAGAAGACCGUGUCAUUUAAGCCUACAGAUUGUACCAAGUUGAACUCAAUGUAG